GCGAUCCCCCGUGUAAGAGUGAGGUGGAGGAGGACAUUCCAGGAGAUGUCAUCACAGAAAAUCCAAGUAAGAAUGUAAAAGAUGAGGAUGUCAUGCAGUGCUCUUCAGGAGAAAACCUCAUUUACCCUAAUGUACAUUUAGGACUUCACAGAACAGAUAUAUCCUAUAAUCCUCCUAAUCACGAGGAACCAUCUCCUGACCAAUCACAGAUUUUUACUGCAAGUACAAGUCAGAAAGAGGGUAAAAUAAUUCACUCUGGUAUAGAGUAUGCAAAAAGCUCAGGUCUUUCUACACACAUAGGAAUUCACACAGGAGAGAAAGAGGGUGAAAGGUUUCAGCCUGGUAAACAGUUCAAAAUAAGCUCACAUCUAAGAAUUCACACAAGGGAAAAAUCAUACUCCUGUUCAGAAUGUGGGAAGUGUUUUACAUAUAAAUCACAACUUAUUAUACAUGAAAGAAUUCACACAGGAGAGAAGCCAUAUUCAUGUUCAGAAUGUGGGAAAUGUUUUACAGUAAAAUCAAUUCUAGUUAAACAUGAGAGACGUCACACUGGAGAGAAGCCAUAUUCAUGUUCAGAAUGUGGGAAAUGUUUUACAGUAAAAUCAAUUCUAGUUAAACAUGUAAGAAUUCACACAGGAGAGAAGCUCUAUUCAUGUUCAGAAUGUGGGAAAUGUUUUACACAUAAAUCUGAUCUUGUUACACAUGAGAGAAUUCACACAGGAGCUAAGCCAUAUUCAUGUUCAGAAUGUGGGAAAUGUUUUAGACUGAUAUCACAAUUUCUUAGACAUCAGAGACUUCACACAGGAGCGAAGCCAUAUUCAUGUUCAGAAUGUGGGAAAUGUUUUAGACUGAUAUCACAAUUUCUUAGACAUCAGAGAAUUCACACAGGAGCGAAGCCAUAUUCAUGUUUAGAAUGUGGGAAAUGUUUUACACAAAAAUCACAUUUCCUUAGACAUCAGAUGAUUCACACAGGAGAGAAGCCAUAUUCAUGUUCGGAAUGCGGGAAAGGUUUUACACAAAAAUACAAUCUUGUUCAACAUCAGAGAAUUCACACAGGGGAGAAGCCAUUUUCAUGUUCUAAAUGUAAGAAAUGUUUUACACAAAAAUCACAGUUUCUUACACAUCAGAGAAUUCACACUGGAGAGAAGACAUAUUGAUGUUCAGUUUGCGGGAAAUGUUUUACACAAAAAUACAAUCUUAUUGAACAUCACAGAUUUCACACAGCAUAGUAGCCAUACCAUGUUCAGAAUGUGGGAAGCACUUUUCAGAGAAAUCAAAACCGGUUGAACAUUGUAGAAUUCACACAGGAGAGAAACUAUUUUCAAAUUUUUAAUAUAUUAAAUUUAGAGAUGAGCAAUUUAAAAAAAAAAAUUGGGGGAUCUGAUUCACUCAAAUUGUUAAUGCAACUAGAUUCUGAUCCAAAUAAAUUAUACAAGAAACUAAAGCGCUCUAAUUGCUUUGAAAAGUCUCUGUAUCUCUCUUUUUUUGAUUGUUCUGAAUCGAAUCACACAAAAUUUUAAUUUAGUAGAAUCAGAAUUUUUUGUAAAAGUCAAGUCGGACUUCAGAAAUUUAGAAUCCAUUUGCUCAUCACUAAUUAGGUUAUUUAUGCCACUUAAACAGCAAAUAAUAAGAGGGUGUAUUUUUUGAGUGGAAUUAGCCUGAAUCUUCCAGAUGACCAAAUUCUAUUUGUAAGAUAAACUGUGACCGAGACCCAUGGAGAAAAAGUAUUGUGGAUAUAAGGAAGAGAAGAAGAGCCUUGUUUACUUCCAGAGCAGUAAAGAUGGAUUGUCCCCAUGAACCUUGCUUCUUAUCACUGUAUUUGCACCUCCACCCACACUGCGGGAGAGUCCAGAGUGACAUGGGGCGUAGUAACGACGCUCCAUGGAAUUGUUUUAUAAUGUAUGUGGACAUAUUAAUGUUUCAUCUUU